AUGCCCGCCCGCCCCUCGCUGAAGCUGAGGUGGUCCAGCAGUCAGGGCUCGGGCAGAAAUCGGAUGAAGCCGAAAAGCGUUACGAUAGAGCGGCCGACACCAGACUCGCGGAGAAACGCCAAGGUCCUGUCGAAGAAGCUGAUGGCACUGGGGACGAUAGGCUUGGUGAACAGGCCAGCUUCGAGAGCUUGCAAGCAAGCGGAGCUGGAGAAGGAGCAGAAAGCUGCCGUCCGAGCUGCUCAGCGCGCCGAGAGGAAGGCGAAUGCUGAUAAUGAAGCGGCGGAGUUGCGCGAGAAGCUCGUGAAGGAGAGGAGAAGGGGCAUGUUAAAGCUGAGAGGGCGGUGCAGAAGGCUUCGGACGAACGACACCGAAGGCGCCGCCCCAGAUCGAUAUCAGACCAGCGUGCAUGUUCGCAAAACAUACAAGGAUGUUCCUCUUACGAGCAACUGCGAUACCGACGAUGAUGACAAUAUCGAUCCGCAACCUCAUGCCCACCACGCCGCCUGCAUCGACGGCGCAUUGCACGAUUAUACUAGACAUCCUUCUCGCCGGUUACAAGUCUUCAGGAGUACUUUUGCAAGCAGUUCCGGCACCGCAUAUCCCCUCCGCCGCGAGACGCAUCUUCUCAAGACUGUGCUAGCAUUGCAAAUCAUGCCUCCCACCGAGCAGAUCAUCUUCGAAGCCAAGCAGCGGCCGAUGCCUCAUAGCAAGCCCAAACGUCCAUCCACCGUCGUCAACGACAAAGGCUACGUGGCCACCCGCGGUUUAAUCGUCCCUGGCAGAUCGUCCUCUAAAUCCUCUCUCGAAAGCAUAGCGGGAUCCUCCAUCACAACAUCAAUCAGCCCAUCCGAACUCUCAGGAAGAUGGAGGGCGGAUGAUGAGUUUGCGAUGGCGGUGUGGGAGGAGGAGGAGGAGCGGCGGCGCCGCAAUGACAGGGAGGAUCCGGGAAGCAAAUCCAGCAGGGCUCGUGACGUUCCAGGUGCCGAUGCCGAUGCCGAUAAGAGUCCUGGCGCUCCCACUCCGGAGACGGGUAUCAUCGCCAGCCUGAGAUCAAUCGACUUCAGCUUGACGAUCAACGUCUGGCGCGGCCUGAACAAAUUCGAGAGCACGUCCCUCGUCUCCCUUGCCGUCCGAGAUCUCGACUAA